GCACUGGCCUACCUGAGCUGCUGCUGCCACCGCCUCGACCCUCUCACCACCGCCUCAUCACCCGCUAAAGCGACCGCCGCCGCCAUGUCUGACGAGAGGCAACCGAGUGCCAACCUGAUCCGCAUGUGGAGGGUCUGGCGCACGACCAAGGAGAUGAUGCAUGACCGAGGCUACCAAGUCCUCGAGGACGACAUGAACAUGUCUCUGGACGAGUUUGCCAUCAAGUUCGGCCGUGCAGACGGCGAGCCCGACCGUUCGCGCCUCAACUUCUCUUGCCAGCCUGGCGAAGAGAUGCUUGCCAAGUACACUGCGGUACCCACCAAGAAGGACCCCGAGCCGCGGGCGACGAUUGGCACCAUUUGGAUUGAGUUCAACAGCGACGAGAACGUCGGCCUGAAGCAGCUGCGCGACUACAUGCAGCAUCUAGUCAACGGCACCUUCUACUCGGGUAUCAUGGUCACCGUCAAGCCCAUGACCGGUAUGGCCAUCCGUCUGCUGCGUGGCUCGGCCAGCAUGAGCGAGGGUCCCAAGGGCGGCGUCGAGGUCUUUGUUGAGCAAGAUCUGCUGGUCAACAUUACAAAGCACGAGCUGGUGCCUAAGCACGUUCUGCUCAGUGAGGAGGAGAAGCAGCAGCUACUCAAGAGGUACCGUCUCAAGGCCACACAGCUGCCUAGGAUCCAGUCCACAGAUCCGGUCGCCAAGUACUUGGGGUUGAGGCGCGGUAGUGUUGUCAAGAUCAUAAGAAAGUCGGAAACCGCAGGUCGUUAUGCUAGUUACCGAUGGGUUAUCUGAAGUGGCUGAAGACGGGCAAGGAAGCACAGGAGCAAGCAUACGAGACAAUUACGCAAUCGAGGAGCCGUGGUCGGGGUUGUAUAGCUCAGAGCUCAAGUUGGAGAAGCAAGAGGAAGGAUCAUAUUGCGAGGCGUUUGGCGAAUGGGAAAGGCACCCUUGAGGAUGAUUGGCAUUUGCAAAAGCAAGACGGAAGUCUAAAACGACUCUGGUCACAUCUAUGUACACCACUGAAAGCAUUGCAUUCAAAGCAAACUUGA